AUGACAAAUUACCCAUUCUUCACGUCUCUCGCCGAUCCUAUUACUAUUUAUGUCAAUGUGUACGAUACAUGCGUAUGGACGUAUUCUCAACUUAAUAUGGUCGCCGCUUACUGUGAGAGUAAGUCUUGGAUAAGUGAACUUAAUUUGUGAGGCGGGGGUUUGAAGAAAGUUUGGACGUAGGGCGUUGCCUCUGUGCUCGACCCGACCCGGUCCUGGGGCGGGCCGAGCCAGGUCAGGGCCUAUUUUCACGAUCAGUUACUGGGCAGAGCACAUCAUUGUAACCGGGAAGGGCUUGCUUUGUGCCCGGUAACUGUAAAUGCCCGGUAAAAAUUUUUUUCAUAUAUGAAAAAAAAAAUCAAUUUAGAAUUGUUGAGUGUCUAACAAGUAAUGUUACCUACUCCACUUCACUUAUAAACGUUUUAGCCCUACCCGACUUCAACUCUACCAAUUUGAGGCUGGUAGGGCUAAAAAGGUCAGGGGUGAAGUUGGUAGGGCUAAAAGGGUCAAAGAUGAGGUCGGGUAGAUAUAAAGCAGUUUAUUUCAGGUGUUAUUAGCUUUGUAAGCAUAACUUACAAAUACCUUGUAAACCCUGUAAAGCCCUGUAAAUGCUUUGCCCGACCCGGCCCCAGGGCCGGGACCGGGAGGGCCCGAAAAAUAAAAGCUCUGCAUCGGGCAGGGCAUAAACGGGCCCGGUGCCAGGGCCGCAAUUUUUUAGUUUUUUCAACAUUUUUUAACUGUUUAUACAAGCAGAGGUAAAAUUAAAUUAAACUUUUUUUAAAAGUGCAUUCAAUAUUAUAGAAGUUCUUUUUUCAGAAAACUUCAAAAGAAUUCACAUUACGUUCACUUCGGGGCAUCUAGAUCCGAUGUUUGUGCCUUUUGUCAAUUUCUACAAAAGGCUGGCUACUAUUACUGAAUUGUUGCAAGUUGAAAAUCCUGAGUUUCUAAGGCAUUGCAUGGACAUGGAAAUCGAACACAAAUCUAAUCCAACCACAAUACCUAAGGCAUUUUAA